AAAUUCUGAGAGUUUCAUGUCUUUUUAAAAUUUUUAAACUUUUUUUUUAAUGAAAAUCAGAAAAUGUACACGCAAAACAGGCUUUAAAUGAACAAAAUUAGGUCAUAAGACAUAAAGAAGAAGAAAAAAAAACACAAUUGCAGAUACAAGACAGACAUAACUAUAAGUUGUACAUCAUUAACAUCAAUAAAUAAAUAUAAGUUAGAAAUCAAGAUGAAAAAUAUGAAACAAAAAAUAAAUAAAAUCAAUCUAAAUAAAUGCAGAAGGUGUUACUAGAUAUUAUGAAUCACUAAAUUGGUUGAACGAAUUAGCUAAUGUAAUAGCAAUAAUUUGAAGGUCAUUUAUGAAAUGAGGGAUGCAUUUCAAAAAUCUACACUUAUGAAUGAAGAAUUUUCCACAACAAAUAAGGUUGUUAAUUAAGUAGUAUUGCAUACAAUCUUUUUUAAAGACUCCAAACUUAAUUUGUUUAUAGUUAAGAAGGGGAGAGUUUCAUGUCUCUUCAUGUGAGAGUUUCACUUACUUCCCGGGUCCCUUCCGUCAUGAACCCAUAAAUUUACAUAAACCACGCCCCCGGAAACAUGCAACAAAGAGGGCGAGGCCAUGUUGUGCGUCUUUACAGGAGAGGAGUGAAAAGUUGUAGCCAUGCCGUCGAAACGGUGUUAUUUUCACCCAGCUAUCAAGUCUUCUGUGUUCGGGCUUCCUUCAGAUGCUGUAGUUCGUGAACAGUGGUUAACAUUUCUUUUUAAUUCUGUUCCUGAAGAUUACAAUCCUAAUGUAGCUGUCUGUGCUGCACAUUUUACGGAGGACAGCUUCCAGAAUCUGCACCAGUUAAAUGCCGGAUUCACACAGAGGCUGUUACUGAAACAUGGAGCUGUUCCCACUUUAAAACCAGAGGCAGCUGUUUUUGGGCCACAACCUUCAAUAUUUCAGCAAAGUCCAAGUACCCAAGAGUUCCCCGGUAAAUCUAUAGGUGUUGAAGUUGGAUGUCAGUCAGAAAGUGUGGCCACAGAAAUAUCGCCAAAUAUGCGAUCAGUGGGCACACAAAUUUCUACAGGCACAUUGAGGGAUUUCCACGUGAGGAGCAGAGGCAUUCAGGAAACAGUUUCUAGCCAAGAUGUUGGUACUGAAACAACAGUCAUGUUUCCAGAUGUGCAUCUGUCUUCGACGCAAAUAAAGGGCUCAAUGUUCAGACCAAGGAAGAGACCUCGUCUGAUGUUAGAGGAGGAGGAAAAGGAUGACACUGAAUCAGAAGUACAAGUGGAACCCCAUGAAUCGACAUAUAACCCCGAGUGUACUGCCACUGAGGAAUCUGAAUUGUCGAUAGAUCCCCAGACUAACUCCGGUGAAAGAAAAUACAUUGUUUUUGAAAGUUGCAUAAGAGAGUUAUUGGGGUCCUGCCCAAAUUGUAAGACAAAAUGUGCAGACCAAAUCAGGCAAAUGGGGACAUUUGUGGCAUUCACUCAGAUCUGUGAAAAGUGUCAGUACCACAGACAGUGGCAGAGCCAGCCCAUUGUAGGGAGUACACCAGUUGGUAACCUGUUACUGUCUGCUGCAACAUAUUUUACCGGUGGAUCCUUUGUUCAACUGCAGAAGAUUUUCAAGGCCAUGAACCUCCAAAUGACGAAAUAUAGCACUUUCAGGAAGCAUGCCAGGAAUUUAAUUGAGCCUACCAUCAUUCAUAAGUGGAACAGAGAUCAACUAAAUCUUAUUACACAGCUGCAACAGCAGGGAAAGAUCCCAUUAGCUGGAGAUAUGCACGCUGACACACCACGACACUCAGCCAAAUUUGGUAGCUACACUUUGAUGCAUGUGGAAACCAACAAAAUUCUGGAUCUUCAACUAAUUCAGAGCAGCGAGGUGGGAGGCAGUUACCACAUGGAAAAGGAGGGAUUAAAGCGUUGCCUGGAUAAACUGGAGUCUAAUGGUUUAGCUGUUGACUACAUAAUCACCGAUAGACGUCCACACAUUCAAAAGUACCUGAGGGAACGCAGUAUCACUCAGUUCUAUGACGUGUGGCAUUUUGAGAAAGGGUUGUCAAAGAAACUAGACAAACUUUCACAGAGAAAAGACUGCAAGGUGCUAAAGACAUGGUUGCACAGCAUAAAAAACCACAUAUACUGGAGUGCGACUUCCUCUGUGUCUGGGCCAGAAAAGGUGGCGAAGUGGACCUCACUGCUGAACCACAUUCAAAACGUGCAUGUUCACGAAAAACCCCUGUUCCCUAAGUGUGAACACCCGGACAGAGUUUCCAGGGAUCAAAAGAAAUGGUUCCAACCAGGAUCAGUGGAACUCCACAAAUUGGAAAAGGUGCUAAACAACAAAAGAGUACUGAAGGACGUAGAAAAACUCAGUCACCACUUCCAAACAUCGUCACUGGAGGCAUUUCACAGCCUUAUUCUGCGUUUCGCCCCAAAGAAAGGGGUUUUCCCGUUCAUAGGGAUGUUGUGCAGGUUGUAUCUCGCAGCCAUGCACUACAAUGAAAAUGCUGACCAUGACCAGGCAACAACAACUAUAGGACAGGCUGUGUUCAAAUUCCUUUUGCCUAAGUCAAAAAUGGGGGAAUGCACAGCAAAGCCAGUGAAAACCGAACCAGCAUACAACUAUGUCGAUGACCUUAUCAGUCUUCUGGUACAUAAAGUCUGUCUGGACCCUACGCCAUACACAGAAGAGCUGCAUGCAGUCCCGAUUCCACCACCUCCGUCUUCUCAGUUUGAGAAACCGUCAAAGGAAGAUGUGACUGCACGCCAUGUGUCCUGCUUCAGUCAAGGGAGGGCUGGAACCCAACAUACUGGCCAGUUGGAUCAGGAAACUGCUGGCGGAUCCGGUGAACAACACAGGACGAGAUGACAACCCUCAUAUCUCGUCCUAGCCAGUGCAGCAUUGCUCUCAUCUUGAAGACGAUCUACUGAUUCUCCAGUUUUCUCCUGUAUCGUCUGCGCCGUUCCAUCUUCUCUUGUUUCUUGACCUGCCGGUUCCAGUUACAUUGCAGGCCUUGUAUGAUAAGAUCAUCAGAAUUAAUUUCUAAUUUACCUGGUUCAGGGGCACCGCACGGAUUCUGUUCAGUUUAGUUCAGUUUUGUAUGUAAUGGCAAAGUGAUUAUUUCGUUUAGUUUUUUUAAUUUUUUUAUUAAAUUGGUUUAGAAAAAACGUUUGGAGCAUUUUUCUUUUUUUUCUUUCUUAAAGUAACGACAAAGCGGCCAGCGGCAGACCAGCAGGCUGAUCAUAGCCAUGUUUGAUCAAUUUAGCCUUCACAAAUACAUAAUUUCUUGAAUAGUUAUGUUCUUUGUGUUGUCUUGAUAAUCCAUUGCAUAUUAAAAUAGUAUAUUGUUACUGAAAUUAAAAUGGAUCAUUAUGAAACACUCAGUUUUGUUCCGCCUCACCUGUGAGAGCAGAGUUUUAUCCCUGUAUAAAUCUGAGUUUGUCUCAAAAGCCAUGAUGAGGAAAUUUUAUUAAACUCAAAUAUAGAGAUUCAAACAAAACAAUGUAAUCAUUUAUUUUUUAUUGAUUGCAGUGCUGACACUAAUGAUUAGUUAGUAGUUAGCUAAUACAGAUAAUACAGUAACGCAAACUGUUUUUUUCUUUCU